AUGAAGGUCUACUUCGGCCUGGUGGAUGCUACGAAUGACUGGUAUUCACAGUUCUUCACGUUUAUGAUCACAACGGGGGCCGUGUAUGUUGCUGAAAUGCUCAUUUUCACAGCUGGACUUCUGUUUUACCAUUAUUUUGUUUUUCUGCCUCGUGUGCGUAAGAAGCUGUACAAGACUCCAGUUGUAGAAGCCUCCAAAUCGCUCAUGCGAAUUGCAGGAAUGUUAUCAAAGGAAGGUGGAGUGGACAAGACUCAAGAGGAGAGCACCGAUGAUAUUGAUCGCAUGGACGACAAAACUCAAAGGGAGCACGGAUCAGAACGACCUUUAUUUGAGGACCUCGAUUAUGAACGACGAAAGAAAAAAAGAAGAGAUGACCUUAUGACCGCAACGUCGUCAGUUGUUGAUAAGACGAGAAGCAGUGCAACUACUCCACCCGGAGGACCUUUCGCGCCUCCGCCAUCCACACGAACAGCCCGCAGAAAGAAGAAGAAUCUAUCUACAGAAACGACUCAAGAAAGCCUUCGAGCACCCUGUGAUUUGGAAUCAACACCAUACAUUGUUCGCUCGCUUCGUUUUAGUAGCAAAAGUGAGAGAGAGACUCCGGACAAUCCUCCAAAUUCGGCAGCACUGUAUUAAUUCAACUUUUUAAUUGUAUCUACCGUAAUUCUAAUCUAGC